AUACUCCACAAAGUCUCUAGAAAACUGCACGGAUGAUGGGGGCAAUAGUGGAGAAGGCAGGAGGAAGCGCUGAGAGCCUCUGGGCCUCCCGUGCCGGCAGCAAGAAGUCACAACAGUGAAUGGAGACCACCAGGUGAAGCCUUCAUGGCUUCUGGAGAAUGGAUUGGAGCCGACAGCCCUCCCCUACAAAGCAUGUCCCACGGGCUAGGUCCUGGGGGAUUAGGAUGGAACCGUCCCGCUCCCCAGCUGGGAAAAGGAACCGUGCAGAAUGCUCGAUUCGGCUGCUCUAGGACGCCCGGCCGGGACCGCGGAACCCGCAUCACCCCCAGGGGAAACCCAAAGCAGACUGACCCGGGAACGCUGCUCCGGACGCACCGAAAAAAGACGAGGCCCGAGCGCGCCGGAGAAAGUUCUCGGGCGGGGAAAGGUCUCAACCGGAACUGUGCUGCGGGAGGGUCAGCGGAACUUCUUGAUGGCGUCGUAAAAGGCCUGGAGGUCCACACCAGCCAUGGCUACAUAGUGAGAUCCUGUCUCAGAGAAGAAAAGGAGAAGAAAGAGGAGGGGGCUAUGUGCCUGUGGAAGCCAGAAGACAACCUUGAGUGUUCAGACCAGGCUGACAUUGAACUCACACCCUGCCUUCCUCUGCUGCCUGAGUGCUGGGAUGAAAGGCAUGCACCACCACACCUGGUGUUGGCUUCAUUUUGAAAUAUGGUCUCUUUCUGGGACUUGAGGCUCCCUAAUUCAACUGACAUGGCAGAUCAUGAGCCUCAGAGAUCCUCUCCCCCGUUUUUGUCUCCUCAGCUCUGGGAUUAUGGUUGUGCGCCUAUAUGUCUGGCCUUACAUGUGGGUUUUGGGAAUUGAAGCAAGACCCUUAUCCUUGUGCAGCAAGCACUUUACAGAGGAGGUCAUCCCCUGGCCCAAAAUACUAUUUUUUAAAUGCUUUAGUACAUUUUAGUGCUGGAGAGAUGGCUCAGUGGUUCAUCCCUUUACUAUAUAGAGACUACCCAUAAGUUCUGUGACUCUAACGAACCCUGACUAAUACAAUAAAGAAAUGUUAAUAAUG